UGCGACAUAUCAAAACGACAUAUAUUACAGAGAAGCCAUCAUUUUAUCAGUGAGCCCAGGGAGUAUAAAGUUAGAUCUAAUGAUAACGUACAACAUACCUGUGAAUGAAACCGAACGGAGCAAUGCACUCGAGUUCAUGCUUGAUAACCUGACACCAAAUAUGCAGAAUGCAAUGGGUAGAACUGCCGUCAUCGACAUUUUAACACCUGCGUGUGACUUCGAUCCGUGUAGCAAUGGAGGGUUAUGUAAUAACAUCCCUAACACAUCGGAUUACACGUGUACAUGCCAGGAAGGAUAUACCGGAAAGUCAUGUCAAUAUGACAUUGAUGAAUGUAUGAAUAACCCCUGUGAAAAUGGAGGACAAUGUGAUAUUACUGAGGGGUCCUAUACCUGCAUCUGUACUGAUGGAUUCACAGGAAUGCAUUGUGAACAAAGUAUAGACAGAUGUGUGAAUGAUCCUUGUGAAAAUGGAGCCCAAUGUGAAAAUGCUGAUGGCACUUACAGAUGCAUAUGUACUGAUGGAUAUAUGGGGAUGAAUUGUGAACAAGAUAUUGAUGAAUGUUCAAGUGGCCCUUGUGAAAAUGGAGGACAGUGUGACAAUACUGAAGGCUCCUAUAACUGUACAUGUGUCGAUGGAUUCACAGGGAUAAAUUGUGACCAAGAUAUAGAUGAAUGUGUGAACAGCCCUUGUCAACAUGGGGGUCUGUGUAAGAACAUCUUCGGCUCCUACACAUGUUUCUGUCCCAAUGGAUAUAUGGGACAUGAUUGUCAACAAGAUAUUGAUGAAUGUACCAGUGGCCCUUGUGAAAAUGGAGGACAGUGUAACAAUACUAAUGGCUCCUAUUUCUGUUUUUGUACCAAUGGAUUCACAGGGAUGAAUUGUGAAUACGUAAUGUCUACAGAUUGUGGAAACCGACCGGCCCUUUCAUCUUCCAGUCCUCGUAUCAUCGGUGGUUCACAGACUCAGCUCGGAGAUUGGCCCUGGAUGGUAUCUCUCCGAGACCGUUCAAAUGUCCAUCGUUGUGCCGCUGUACUCAUCAACAGUACCAGAGCAAUCACCGCUGCCCAUUGCGUGAAAAAGUUUGAUACUGCAGUUCUGGGCGAUCUCAAACUCUCCAUGACGUCUCCAUACCAUGUCCAAAUGGAGGUUCAAGCUGCUAUCCAUCCAGACUAUGAUAUCAAUACUAUCACUAAUGACAUUGCUGUAAUCAAGUUCAGCUUGCUUGAGUACAAUGACUAUAUCCAACCAAUCUGUGUCCAUAAUCAUGGUGCAUCUACUACGUUUAAAGCAUGUUACGUAACAGGAUGGGGACACACAUCUGAAGGUGGCCAGGUAUCUGAUACACUUCUAGAAGCAAUGGUGGAGUUGUUUGAUCAGGCUCGAUGUCAAUCAUUUUAUCCCACUCAUACCAUUACAUCGACUAUGCUAUGUGCAGGGCAUCUAAGUGGAUCAACAGACACAUGUCAGGGUGACACAGGCGGUCCUCUCCAGUGUGAAGAUCAAGAUGGUCGCUUCCAUCUGAUAGGCAUUACUAGCUUUGGCAUCGGAUGUGGAAGAGAAAACUAUCCUGGCGUUUACACCAAGGUCUCUGAAUACUAUGACUUUAUUACUUCAGCUGACCCACAACCUGAACCUGAACCAGUGGUGGCAGUUGACCUGUUUCCGGGCAGAUUAUUCGAGGUGACGUAUCUACGUGUGGCAUACCUAGAAUACCAGUGGAUCCUCAAUGCCGUUGAAGGGAAUGCCAUUGAUCUCUACAUCUUCACCCUAGAUAUUGUGCAACUUCUUGAUACCGUACUCAUUGGUUAUGGAAGCGAGCCUACAAACCUUGACACAAUCCUUGUCGACUCUAGGAAUGGACCUGUUCUCCAUUUCUAUAGAAUCUUUAAUGAAUAUGCAUGGAUUAGGCUUGUUACUUCUCCUGAACCGAUAGCCCUUCUAUCAGGAGUCAAUGCGCUGGCCGAAGGGAUCCUUGUUCAUACAAGAGUAUCUAAAAACAACACUUUAGAGUAA